GACUUCAAGUUAAUUAUCGACUUCAAAAACCCUAGGCUUCUUCGUCUUCGGCGCGCGGCAACGUCGCAUGUCGGAAGUUUCCAGCCACCUAAUCCUAACCUCCUUCGUCCCGCGUCAAGUGAUGCUUGAAACGGCUACAUCCGCCGCCGUUACGGCCGCCGCCGCCACCUUUAAUGACGAUAAGUAUAAGGAGAAGAAGAGGAGACAUGAGACUGUGGCAGUAAUGGAAGUUGAGGGCGAGGGUAAGAAGAGCAAGAAGAAAAAAUCUUCUAAGAUUUCCAACGCCGUUGAAGACGGCUCCGGCUCGGUGGAAGUCAUAGCGUUCGAUAAGCCGAGCGGCGAUGAUUUAUCCCGUAAAGGGAAGGAACGUGAAGAACUACUAAGAUCCAUCGCAGCGUUUCUCGAGGGCUGUGGGUUCGCUAAGACGCUCUCGGUCUUCCGCAAGGAAGCCCAGAUCGAGGUUAACAGUAGAGGAGUUUCUUGUAUUAACUUGGAGGAAUUAUUUGACAAGUACAUUGAGGCAAGUAAAAGAUAUCCAGUUGCUAGCAUAGAGGGUUCAAAAGAGAAAGAUGCUGAAACUAAAGAUAAAAGGAGAAAAAUUAAGCAAGUUUCCGAUUCAUUUGCGAAAGAAAAUACUGAAAGAAAUCACUAUGAUGCUACCCUUGGAUCAGAGGAAAAUACUGAUUGUGGCAAACUCUUAAAUGUCAAAAAGGAAAAGAAACAUAAGGCGAUACUUGGUAAAAAUAUGGGUGAAGUGGUCUGCCUUGAAGAGAUUGUUAUGGAGAAAAUUGAAGAAUUGAAGGAUUUGACCAAUAACCCCAAUGUUGAAACGGGUAAUUUUGAGAAAGAUAAAGGAGUGAAGAAGAAGAAGGAAGCUAAACAAUUUCUUGAGCAGUUUGAAUUGGGCGACAAUAAGAAAGUGAUUGUCAAGAAACCCAAUGAUGAAGGGGCUUAUGCCUCUUCUAAACUUCAAGAAUCAGUGAACGUGAAUAACUUAGUCAAUGAUCUAUCGGAGAAUGUUGAUGAAAGCAGAAAAGAUAAGAAAAAAAAUAAAAAAAAGAAGCUAGAGAAGUCAACUUCAGAUAGCCUACAUACAAUUAAUUCUGAAAAGUUUGUUGAAGAAACAUCUGAUGUACUGGGAAAACAUGAUAAUGAUGGCUUGCAAAAGUUUGACUUGAGAAAGGACAGCAUUGCAAUAUCUAAAGAGGAUACUACUGAUGUUGAAACGACAACUAACAAGACAACUAACAAGAAGAGGAAGAGGCCUUCAUCCAACGAGACAGCAAUACAAGUUGAGAAUAUAACUGCAGCUAGCAAGUCAAAACAUACCAAGCCAGAAGUUGCUAUAGAGGAAAAGGAAACUUGGGAUAAUAAAGUUUUGACAUGCAGUGAAUCUUCACCAUGCAAUUGGGAAUCGAAAGAACCUUCUGAGGCACUUUGUAGUGUUGUUUUGGAUAAGCACGAAGGAAAUCCUACUUCACAGGAUCCGAAGAAGCAAUUGAGUGGACAUGAGCUCACAAAUGGGAGUAUUGGGAAGCAUCAAAAUGAAAGAAGCAUUAGGCCAAAGUCAAUGAAAAAUGAUAAGCAUUCCAGUGAGGUAUGUCUUGUUUCUUUUGAUUUUUUGCUUGGUAGUUUAUGAAAAGGUAACAGAAGACUACUGACCUUCUUUUUAUUACUUAAAUCUGAAAACAUAUUAACUAACUUAGAUGUUCGAAGUGUUUUCCCCCCAUGUUAUUGAAUUCAUGCAUUAAACUAAUAGAGCUGUUUUUUUAUGAAA